AUGGUAAUUACACCAGCAAGUGCCGAACUCCCCGCAGAGACGGCGAUGAUCAAGAUCAAGAAGUUCACAGGAGGAUCCCCACGGGAGUGGCUUCGCUGGAGCAACUAA